CAAAGUUUUCCACCGAAAAUCGUUUACUUUUUGAGUGUAAUUCGUGACAGUUUUCAGUGGUGCUAUUCACACACAAACUCUAUUUUAAACGAGGUCUAACCGUGAUGAGACCUGAAACGUCACUAUGAACGAAACAGGAAUCGUCGAUUUGGAAACGGACGGCACGAAUUUGACAGCGCUGAAUGCGAGUGUCGCGAAUUCCUCUACCGAUUAUAUACCGUACGAUGAGCGACCGGAAACUUAUAUCGUUCCGGUCCUGUUCUUCAUCAUCUUUGUGGUCGGGGUUAUUGGAAACGGUACACUGGUGGUCAUUUUCUUGAGGCACAGGACGAUGCGAAAUGUUCCGAACACAUAUAUAUUGUCUUUGGCUCUGGCUGACUUGUUGGUGAUAAUAACCAGCGUGCCGUUUACCUCGACAAUUUACACCGUGGAGUCGUGGCCUUGGGGUGUCACCAUUUGUAAGAUCUCCGAAACUGCGAAGGACAUUUCUAUCGGUGUUUCCGUCUUUACAUUGACCGCUUUGUCUGCCGACAGAUUCUUUGCCAUUGUCGAUCCGCUCAAGAAGUUUCACACUAGUAGUGGAGGAAAAAAGGCUACGAGGAUAACACUUUGCGUGGCCAUUUCCAUCUGGUUAUUGUCAAUUAUUUGCGCCGUUCCUGCGGCGGUCGCCUCUUACUUAAGACGGUUCCAAGACGGAGAUCGUUACUUCGACGUCUGCUAUCCGUAUCCGGAGACAUGGUUGAAUCAUAGGUACGCACAGGUGAUGGUACUGGCCAAAUUCUUCUUCCUGUAUCUCAUUCCGUUGGUUGUGAUUGCGAUGUUCUACAUCUGCAUGGCGGCGUAUCUUUUCAUGAGCACGAAGAAUCUACCCGGCGAAAUGCAGGGUGGGAUGCAGCGUCAGGUCAGAGCAAGGAAGAAAGUAGCGAUAACAGUCCUGGUGUUCGUCCUGAUGUUUGCUGUGUGUUUCUUGCCCACGAACAUCUUCAUGCUCUUCUUCUACUUUCAACCGAACUUCUUGGAAACGUACAAUGACUUCUGGCAUUACCUUCGCAUCGUUGGCUUCUGUUUGGGUUACUUAAACUCCUGCGCCAAUCCCGUGGCUUUGUACUUCGUCAGCGGCGCUUUCCGAAAACAUUUCAACAGGUAUCUUCUGUGCAUAAAACCGAAAAGAUCGCGUUGCAACACAUGCCAAGGACAACACACGACUCAAAUGUCUUUAGUUUCGACAAAGAGAAACCAAUCGAUUUGCAGUCGAAGGGGCAGAAACGUAUCGAUCAACCGACGGCCGAUGGAUCCGCUGGUCACGCAGGAGACAUCGGUCGCGUUAUUGCUGAACAACGGAGACGAGCACAUGUGCAGCAAAAUAUAAAACAAUAUUAUGUUUCAGCAAGGGUGAGAAAUGAGAAUUUAUCUGUGUUCCGUUGAUGGUUACAAAAUAGAGUCGCGCUGAAAAUUUGUAUUGUACAAAUUGGAUUUUAUUUUGCGGGAGUGAAAUGUUUUAAUGUUAUUAUGCAGCAUCUGUUACUCGAGCACAUUCAAGUUCCGAAGUUAAAGUGCUGUACUUUAUUCCAAGUGGCGCGAUUAUACGAAAUUGGUCGAAUUAUGGCGAAUGCGCGACCCAAAAGUUCCAUUUUAUUAAUUUUAUUUUGACCAAAAAUUAUGAUAAACGGGGCAAUUUAUCAUUGAAAAGCGCACAAUUUAACUUUAACACAAAACGAAGUUUUAAUAAUUUCUACAUUUAGUUCCAAACAUAAACAUUAAAAUCUCAUUAUCAUUUUUUUCCCAUCAAAAAUUAUGUUCAUGUUAUUUUUGACGCGUAAUAAGAGAACUGUGGCCAAAACGCACGUAAAAGUGUCAGUUAUUAUUAUGGGGAGAUGUUAUUAAAUAUGUAGGGUGUAUGUGCAUUAACAUGCGGGACGGGGAAUUUUGGUCGGUUGCACCCGGCUAGACUUCGUCUUUGUGUCUUGGGAAAUUAACCUGGAAAUAUCCUUCCUUGAGGAUCGAUGUUGCGGAUGUCGCAAUGAUCGAAAUUAAUGUGAAACUGCAGCAAGAAUGCGGCUUGUGACAAUGACAAGAUGAAAAUAAUUUUAUGAAAUUUCAUUUUAAGGUUUCAAAUUAAAUUACGAUUCAAUUUUGUGGUUCUGAAUUUUUGAUGAGGUCAAUUUAAUAUUCCGUUGUCAA